AUGAAUAGUGAUCACAUGUCCUCUCAAUGUUUUGAAGGUAACGACAAAUGCGAACAAAAGUCGAAAUCAACGCUAAAUAAGUUGAGGAAAAGAUUGAGUUUAAGACUCGACAAGUUAUCGCUAUCGAGAGAACAAUUGCCUGAACUUCACAACGAGAAUGGAAAUGUGGAGAUCACCAGAAUCUCAAUGAAUGGCAAUUAUUUAAGCAAUGAUACGACCAGUGCUUCAAAUUCUCGAUUUAGUCGAUUAAACGAUGAAAAGCAUUCAAAUAGUGAACCAAAUGAGAAUGCCAAACACGACAUGACAUGCAAGCAAAAUGUGUGCGAAAGUGAAUCUCUGUGUCCACCGCCACCCCCUCCGCGGACCACUUCAUGCAAAUCUAGUGAUUCUCAUUCCGACCAAAACUUAUUCGACAAUUCAGUUGUUUGUGAUAUGAAAGCGAAGAAACAGAUGGAAACCAUCGAAGAGAGAAAGCAUUGCAAUUCAGAAUCGGCUGAAGUGAAAGCUCCGAAGCAAUUAGGAGAAGGCUCUUAUGCCACCGUUUAUAAGGGUUACAGC